UAGUGCGCGGAGCUGCGGCGGCGGAGCAGGGCGGGGAGUCUACGCGGCCCGGAGCCUGGCGGCUGGGUGGCUAGGAGGAAGCGAGGGCGUAGACGCGCAGCCGGGCGGGCGGCGGCGGGGAGAGUGUGGAGAGGAGCGGGAGCGCGGGGCCCCGGCCGUCCCGACCACGGAGCCCGGUCACCGCAGAGCCAGCGGCCGCGAGCGCGCCAAGGACCGUGCGCGGACAGGGGCGCGCAGGCCCUGCCCGCCUCUUCCGUCCCCACCCCUCUCCGCUCCUUCCUCUCCGCCCCUUCCUCCCCGCUCCCGCGCCCCCGCGCCCCCGCGCCGGGCGCCCACGGAGUCCUCCUCUUGCGGGAGCGCGUCCGCGGCGGCCGGAGUGGGCCGGGCCGGGCUGGCGUGCCGUGUGAUGGCGCUGCUGGACCUGGCCCUGGAGGGAAUGGCCGUCUUCGGGUUCAUCCUUUUCUUGGUGCUGUGGCUGAUGCAUUUCAUGGCCAUCAUCUACACCCGAUUACACCUUAACAAGAAGGCCACUGACAAACAGCCAUAUAGCAAGCUCCCAGGUGUCUCUCUUCUGAAACCACUGAAAGGGGUAGACCCUAACCUAAUCAACAACUUGGAAACAUUCUUUGAAUUGGAUUAUCCCAAAUAUGAAGUUCUCCUUUGUGUACAAGAUCAUGAUGAUCCAGCCAUUGAUGUGUGCAAGAAGCUUCUUGGAAAAUACCCAAAUGUUGAUGCUCGUUUGUUUAUAGGUGGCAAAAAGGUUGGCAUUAAUCCUAAAAUUAAUAAUUUAAUGCCAGGAUAUGAAGUUGCAAAGUAUGAUCUUAUAUGGAUUUGUGAUAGUGGAAUAAGAGUAAUUCCAGACACACUUACUGACAUGGUUAACCAAAUGACAGAGAAAGUAGGCUUGGUUCAUGGGCUGCCUUAUGUAGCGGACAGACAGGGCUUUGCCGCCACAUUAGAACAGGUGUAUUUUGGAACUUCACAUCCAAGGUCCUAUAUCUCUGCUAAUGUAACUGGUUUCAAAUGUGUGACAGGAAUGUCUUGUUUAAUGAGAAAGGAUGUAUUAGAUCAAGCAGGAGGGCUUAUAGCUUUUGCUCAGUACAUUGCUGAAGAUUACUUUAUGGCCAAAGCGAUAGCUGACCGAGGUUGGAGGUUUGCAAUGUCCACUCAAGUUGCAAUGCAAAACUCUGGCUCAUAUUCAAUUUCUCAGUUUCAAUCCAGAAUGAUCAGGUGGACCAAAUUGCGAAUUAACAUGCUUCCUGCUACAAUAAUCUGUGAACCAAUUUCAGAAUGCUUUGUUGCCAGUUUAAUUAUUGGAUGGGCAGCCCACCAUGUAUUCAGAUGGGACAUUAUGGUGUUUUUCAUGUGUCAUUGUCUGGCAUGGUUUAUAUUUGACUACAUUCAACUCAGGGGUGUCCAGGGUGGCACACUGUGUUUUUCAAAACUUGAUUAUGCAGUAGCUUGGUUCAUCCGCGAAUCCAUGACAAUAUACAUUUUUUUGUCGGCAUUAUGGGAUCCUACUAUAAGCUGGAGAACUGGUCGCUACAGAUUGCGUUGUGGAGGUACAGCAGAGGAAAUCCUAGAUGUAUAACUACAGCUUUGUGACUGUAUAUAAAGGAAAAAAGAGAAAUAUUAUAAAUUAUGUUUAUAUAAAUGCUUUUAAAAACCUACCUUCAAUAGUUUUAUCACAUGUACAUUUUCGUAUCUGUUCUUUAAUUUAUUUUGCAUGGCACUUGGCAUCUUUGGGGGGAAAAAAACAAAAUACACAUCUGUAGUUUUAGUCAAAUGGUACACUUUAUUUUGUGAAAGUAGAGAAUCAAGAGACUUGGUUCCAGGAACCUGGGUUUGUUUUUGUUGUCGUCGUUGUUAUUGUUGUUUGUUUGGUUUUUAAAACAUAAAUAAAUAAAUUAUAUAUAUAUAUGUGUGUGUAUAUAUAUAUAUAUAUAUAUAUAUAUAUAAUGAAUGCUCUGCAACAACCACUAUGACAGUAUCCUUCAGUAGAGAAAGUUUCUUAUUUGUGAGUACACUCUUGCAGAACAUUUAUGGAUGGCAGCAGCUUAAUUUGGGGAUUUAGAAAAGACUAAAAGAUAAUCAGUUUUCACGUCUAGAGUAAAUACUGUUGUGCAGUGAACAACCAUGGUGAGGUACUAACUGAGAAACUUUUUCAUGCUUUAUGCCUACCUCUUGUAGUUGUUGCAGAGCAAAUAUAAAUUGUAAUAAGGUAGCUAGGCUUUGCAAAAACAAACAGAAAAACUUAAAUAAUAAUAAACGAGCUGGAGUCUAGUAUUUAUAUGAAUCUGUGAGAGAUAUUUUUUUGGUCUCACUGCAAUGAACCAAAAGUGGCCGAGUCUGUGUUUUACUUGUAGCCAUGUAUUGAAGGCAUCUUUUUGACCACCUCUUGUUGGUUCUGUCUUGAACCAUUGUUAAUCACUGUGCUGUAACUAGUAUAGCUAAACCUUUCCCUGCUCCUCACCCAACCCCAUCUUUUCUCAGUUUUUUUUUCAGGGGGGGUUGGGGAUGGCUUUGUUUUAGUGUGAGUGGAUAUUUUGAUAGUUGUGAGGAAAAACGCAUUUCAGACACAUUUCACACAUGAGCUAUUUUCUUACACAGUAUGUCUUAUUGUUAAUAAGAAUGUAAUUUCAUUAUACAGGUAUUUAAUAUCUUUUUAAAGUAAGUAACGAUUCUAGCCAUCAAUAAAUAAAUUGCAGUAGAGUAUUAAGAGGGACAAGAUGAGUUUUACUGUUAAAUUUAAUCAGUAUCAAACUAGGUCUACUGUGAGUGUGUGUGUUGUGUUUGCUUUUUGUUCUUUUUUUUAAUAUAUAUACUAUUAUGGUUAGUCCAGUCUUAUUUAAAUUGGAUUUUUGUACUCCAGUUUGUAUGACAAAAUAGACUACAUCAGUGCUAGUUGUAAAUGUGUGCUGUAUUUCACUUUUCUCUUCCUAUCAUGUCGCUAAACUUGCUUGUCAGGUUGUGCUUAACUUGUGGUGAACUGGACUUGUUUUUGUUUUUUUAAAAAAUAGGCAAAAAUGUAAGGUACAGUGCAUAAGCCUUUCCUUUUUAAUUUUUUUUUCUUUCUUUUUGUAGUUGUAUUUAUGCUUUUUCUUUAGAAUUGGAUGGCAUGUUGUCCAUAUGACUGCCUCCUGCAGGGCUAACACUGGCAAUAUGGCAGCUUGAAAUUCGAAGUUCCUGUAAUUUCCAUGUCAAAGCAUAAUGUGUAGCAUUUUAGCAAUAACUCCAUAUUUAUAGGAAAUGGACACCUUUUCACUUUACUGAGCCAAUUUGUUUAAUUGUCUAAUGACUAUAUUCAUGGUUUAAAUUGCAUUAUAUCUGUAAAUGUGUAUAUAGUAUGUACACGCAUUAUGUUUAAACUUUUCUCUGGGCCAAAAUGCUUCCUCCAACUUUUUUUUUCCCUGCCUUAUGAUGAAUUUGUUUGAAGGGCAUUUUCUUCAUGAACAAAGGCUUUGAUGCAUUUUCCUUUCUUUCUGUGAAUUAGGUAGUAUUGUUCCCUGAGGGAAGUUGCACAGUGAAAAAACCAGUCUAGUCGUGACCCACUACAUGUUUAUUUCUUAAAUCACUAUUACACAGAUUGAAUUUUGCUGACCAUGUUUGUAGUUUGUUGAUUUGUUUAAUGAAGUUUGGUUGAUGCCAUUCUUUGCACUGCUGAAGUGAAAUCUUGCUUAUUACUUAGUGUUAUGCUGAUUUCAGUGUGGGCAAUGUGACAACACAACCAAAAUGGCCGGACAGACUUCUUGUGUUUUGUAAAUAUAAAAAAAUGACUGUUCUGUAUGUGUGCUUUAAGUGGUAGUAGAGUAUUUCCUUCAAAUGAUGCUUCAUGUAAGCAGACAGAAUGAUUCUCUGUUUAGCAUAUUUGGAGUGAUGAUGAAGUGAUAAAUAAUAUAGAUGUUGAAGAAAGCAUCACAACAGAACUGUAGGAGUCCAAAUUUAAUGAGCUGUCAAAAAAAUGUCUAGAAUGUAUUGUUUUAUUUAAAAUCACUGUCUUAAGUUUUUUGUUCAAAAAAUAAAAAUUUGAAUACAAUCAAAA